GACAGAAACUGGCAUAAGGAGGCACGAUGUCGCUCACUGUGAAAAACAUUUCUGUCAUUUACAAUCCUAUCAAUCAGAACAAUACUUUCACCAGCGGGGAUUAUAUAUCUGGAAAAGUCAUUCUGGAAGUGGUAAAAGACACUCAAAUGCAGUCGCUGAGUGUGAAAAUUAAAGGCAAAGCAAAUGUUUGCUGGUCAGAGCGACACGGUAAAACCACUGUUCUUUAUUCGGAUAAAGAGAAGUUUUAUUCGGUGGAGAGGUUUUUCGUUCAGACCGACACAAAACAUGCAAAUGACCAUGAAAUGCUGAAAGAUCCAUCCGGGCAGCCUUACUCUUCGGUGGUGGCACCAGGGCGUCAUGUUUACCCUUUCACCUUUCAGUUGCCCUUACAACACUUUCCUUCAACCUACAAGGGUUCAGUUGGAAAAGUUCUCUACACUUUGGAGACAAAACUAUCCAGAUCAAUGCGUGUGUCUAGCAAAGCCAAAGCAGAGUUUAACUAUGUUCCCUGUCCUGUUGUUACCAAUCCUGAACUAAUGGCUCCUCAGUAUGGAACCAAAGAUAAACAAAUGUCGUUCUUCACCUCUGGGAGUGUCUCCAUGAACAUAAGCACAGAGAAAAUGGCAUACCAUCUUGGAGAGGGCUUAAAAUUUUUGGCUGAAGUUCAAAACAAUUCCUCUCGUGCAGUCAAGCCAAAGUACUGCCUGUAUGAAAAACACAGUUUUUUUGCCAGAGGAAAGAGAAAACUUCACACGCACGACAUUUUUAAAGAAAUGGGGGAACCCAUUGAGCCAAGCUCAAAGAAAACCAUCACCACGGUGCUGACCAUUCCUCCCAGCCUUACAGUCUCAAUCCUAAACUGUAGGAUCCUCAAGGUUGAGUACAGACUGAGGGUUUACUUGGAUGUGAAAUAUGCAUCAGAUCCAGAGAUCAAAUUCCCAAUAGUGAUUCUUCCUGUUCAGCCUGUAUCAGGUGCAAAUGGUGCUAGAAAUAAUGACUUUGGAAUUUGGAAUCAGCCACCGCCAGGCAUUGCAGGUCCCAACCCACCUCCUACAGCUCCAUCAGCCCAACCACACAAUAUGGCUGGACCACCUGGUCAGUUUAGUGCUCCUGGUAAUUACGGACCUCCUGUUGGUCAAUUUCCAUCUCCUGGUUACCCUGGACCUCCUUUGGGUCAGGGUGGUCCUCCUAGUUACACUGGACCUCCUCUGGGUCAGUUUGGGGCUCCUGCUUUUCCUGGACCUCCAGGUCAGUCCGCUCCCUCUUAUUACAGUGGAGCUCCGGGCCAGUUUGGUUCUUCAGUUCCACUUCAGUCAAGCACAUCAGCUCCACCUCCAUAUCAGGAAUACAAGUUUUAUCCACAACUGCCAGAUCAGCCAGAAAAAUCUUGACAAAAUCAUUUUGGAAUAACUUUCUAGGUUCCUUUUAUUGUUGUGUUGUUUAAAAAGCUGCAGUUUGGGAAUCAUUUCUCACUUUUAAUGAACCAUUAACUAUGACUGGCGUAUUUGCUGAGCAUCUGAUUUGGUGUUUAUUUAUAAUUUGGUUGUUAAUAAAUUUAGUCAUGGGGUAGAAUUACAGGAUGUCAAAUGUGGUCAUGCA